UUUCAUACCGAACCAGACGCUCCUUUUGUCGGAUUCGUUUCGACUUGACUCCCCGGGGCUUACGGCUAAAAGAAACGACACUAAAAUACGUUAAAUACACUUCAUACGAGCACCGUACUGAUCGCGAAGGAGAUCUGUGACGUACUGUUGAAAAAAGGCCUCAGGCUCUCUGUAGACGUGUACUAGCGUGUGGGGUUGAAGCCACCUCAACUCUGUCAGCAUGAAUGGCAGCAGCAGCGUGGCUGGCACCCAGGCUGGGCGGAUCAAAAUCGACCCAGAUGAUGAUGCAUGGAGUAAGGAGGAUUGUCUAAUGCUGCUGGAGAGGAUCAGGAGUCUAUUGCCUGAUGGUGACACUGUGAAAUAUAAGACCACAGAGACUCAUUUUGACUGGGACAAAGUAGGCUUUGGAAACUACACAGGGGACAUGUGUAAGCAGAAAUGGCAGAAGGUUUCCACAGAGGUGAGGAAAUACAGGACAAUGACAGAGCUCAUUAUUGAUGCUAUAGAUUGUGUAAAGAACCCCUACAAAGGAAAGAAACUGAAGACACAUCCAGAUUUUCCAAAGAAGCCCCUUACACCCUACUUUCGUUUCUUCAUGGAGAAGAGAGCCAAGUACGCAAAGAUCCACCCAGAGAUGAGCAACCUAGAUCUUACUAAGAUCCUGUCCAAAAAAUACAAGGAGCUCACAGAAAAGAAAAAGCUCAAAUAUGUUCAGGAAUUCCAGAAGGAGAAGGAAUUAUUUGAGAAAAACAUGGCACGGUUCAAAGAGGAGCAUCCUGAUUUGAUAGAAGAGCGAAAGAAGUCAGACCUCCCAGAGAAGCCCAAAACCCCUCAGCAGCUGUGGUACAACCACGAAAAAAAGACCUUCAUGAAGCUUCACCCAGAUGUAAGUCAAAAGGAGCUGAAAGAAGCUUUACGAAGACAGUGGUCUCAGCUCUCAGACAAGAAGAGGCUGAAAUGGAUCAGCAAAGCCCUGGAGCUGCAGAAGGACUAUGAGGAUUGCAUGAGGGCCUACCUUGAAGCGCACCCAGAAGCAAACUCUGAGGAACAUGUGAAGUCUGUCUUGACAAAGGCUGAACGGCAGCUCAAGGACAAAUUUGAUGGCCGGCCCACCAAGCCACCACCGAAUGGAUAUUCUCUAUACUGCGCUGAGCUGAUGGUGAACAUGAAGGAUGUGCCAAGCACAGAGAGGAUGGUGCUGUGCAGCAAGCAGUGGAAGAUGAUGACCCAGAAGGAGAAGGACAUGUUCCAGAAGCGAUGCGAGCAGAAAAAGAAGCAAUAUGAGAUUGAUCUCCAGAGGUUUAUUGAGAGCCUGCCAGAGGAGGAAAGAGAGCGAGUCCUGACAGAGGAGAAGCUGGGUGGCACUAAGCUGAGCAUGGCUGGAGCAGGCAGCCCUGCUGGGUCUAAAUCCCCUUCAAGCAAGGAGCGGGUUCGUGACCCUGAGCUGGACCAGUUGGUACAGGGGCUGCCAAAAGAGAAGCGAGAUUCAAAGAAGAAGACGCGACUCCCAGAAACUCCCAAGACUGCGGAGGAGAUGUGGCAGCAGAGUGUAAUAGGAGACUACCUGGCCAAAUAUAGGAGUGAUCGGAAGAAAGCACAGACCGCCAUGGAGGCCGCUUGGAAAGCCAUGGAGAAGAAAGAGAAGAUCCCCUGGAUCAAGAAGGCGGCUGAGGACCAGAAGCGAUACGAGGUUCAGUACCGGACCGUGAGAGAGCUGCUUGAGAUGAGGACGGUGCCAUCAGGACAGGGGCAAAGGAAACCCAAGUUUGACGGAGAGCCCAAAAAACCUCCUGUGAGUGGUUAUCAGAUGUUUUCUCAGGAACUCCUGACAAACGGUGAGCUUAAUCACUUCAGCCUGAAGGAGCGCAUGGUGGAGAUUGGCAAGCGCUGGCACAAGCUCACCCAAAGCCAGAAGGACAAGUACAAGAAGCAGGUAGAGGAGCAGCAGCUCGAGUACAAAGCGGAGCUGGAAGCUUGGGUGAAGUCUCUUUCUCCUCAGGAGCGGGCAGUUUAUAAAGAGUUUUCUUCUGUGAAACGGCGGAGCACGACAAAGCCACAAGGUCCAGGAGCCAAAGUCCGUGUCACCAAGGGGAAGGCGGUAGGUGCCAGAGCCACCACGCUGGGGGCCGGGGGGGGCAAACGUUCCAUGGCGUACCGGGCCAAGCAGGACACAUCAGACUCAGAAGAGGAGGACGAUAAGACAGACUCAUCAGACUCUGAGGACGAAGAUGAAGAGUCCUCCGCUAGCACAGAUAGCGAUGAUGAUGAAGAUGAUGACGAUGACGAGAACGACGAUGAUGAUGACGAUGAAGAUGAUGACGACCAAUCAGAUGGUUCAAGCAGCUCAACAGAAGAUAGCAGUGACUCAGACUCAGACUAAUCAAUUUUGCCCCCUCAAAGGGGGGGGCUGUGCGGGACACGCCCCCUAACAUGAUCCCUCCCUGAAUACAGGGGGGGGUCCGGUAGCUGUGAGCACACAGCGUGCGGUUAAGCGCCUCUCUCUCACUCUCGCUCUCUCUCUCCUCACAGAGAGAGACGCAGGACUUGGAAGAGUUAUGGCUUGUUUCCCUCAAUAUGUCCACCUCACAGACUUAAAGUCAUCAGGACAACCUCCUCUUAUUAAAGAGCUGUGUUACUUGUGUGUUUAUUGAAGCAUUUUUUAUUGCCUUUAUAUAGGUGUGUUAUUAAAAUCUGCGUUGCCUGUAAGAAGCAUUUGAUAAAGCAAUUUAAGGUUUUUGAUGUGUCAGCAUUGGUCAGAGGUGGGCAGUGGGAGGAGAGGACUUUUGAAAUGGAGGAAGUAGGGGAGAGUGACCUUACUGCUUGUAUUUGUAUCCUUCAGCCAGUACGUUGAGGCCCAGAGGGCUGUGUUUAUGGGCUGUUCCGGUUUUGUUCGGUUAUUCUUUGGACAGAUCCUCCGCAAUAAAUGCACUUUUUCUCUUUUAA